GUGGGGCAGAAGGGGGAGCCAAGACGAGCCCAGGUAGUUGUGGACUGGGUCCCGGGAAGAGCGGCCCCGCAGGGGACCUCCAUACAACCGGUAAAGACUUUGAUAUUGUAUGACUUUUUGUUCUAUCCUUAUCCUGCACGACCAUAAUUGCCGUCUUUAACGAGGACCAAGACCGCCGCCUUAACAGCUCGCUUCCCUCACUAGCGCCAAAACACUUCUUUAGCCGAAGUAGGUGUAAGCUCGCAUAAUUAAAUUUUUAUUUCAUUAUUGUCCAGGGCGUGAAGAGCCGCAUCUGGGCGCACAGGUCGUGGAGAAUACAGCUCCCGAUCUUCAGACUACUCUCCACUCCGACCAGCUGAACCGCGAGGGCGUGUAUCGCUACAAGGCGUCGGAAAAUCUCUCCCCGAGAAUGUUGUCGCCAAGUUCUUCAUAUCCUGUGCAAAGAUAUCGUACUCGUAGUAAUUGCAGUCAUGCAUUUACAAAUCUUUUUCUUAGGGUAAAUCUGCAUUAUCAUGCUGAGAAAAUUUGUCAUGCAUUUAUAUUACGAGUGCGAUACUUUUGCAGUUCAUACUUCAUCGCCUUUCAACAGCAGGGCAAGUCCCUCGAGCAGAAUUAAUAACAACAUCCCAACUUCUCCCUCCACAAGGAACUACGGCGGUCCCAACAAGCCAGCAGCUGCGCAGCACGGUAAUAUGACAACAACCGCGAUGACGAACUACGGCUACGGGAAGAUGAAUGCAAGCACUUCAGCACAGCUGUUGUCUCCACCAAAGUCGCCAUUUACAGCCAGCAGUGGCGCCGCCGCGGCGGGGAGUAAUGUUUAUCCUUUCAUCACGACGACACAGUCGGUUCAUUUUCCCCCAGGUCUGUCGAAGAGCGAGUCAGGUAAUAACAUCAUGGGAGAAGCAGGACAUCAACUUCUUCGCAAGAACCCGAUGCACCAACACGAAGAUUCUCCACGAGUAGGAGAAGUGGAAAAUUCCUUUGAAAAGACCAGAGCGUCGGAGAUGAAUUCCUUCGUGUCCCCGCGAACCAAGGUUUUUGUGGAGCACCAGAAACGGAUCUUUGGCAUAUCAACUGUAGAAAUGUCUGGGUCUGGAAGAAUUCACGGUUGUCAUGCUUGUCUGGCAUGACCUCUAAAUCUGUCAUGCACGUUACCCAAGAGCUCCGCUUUUCUGUGAUGCAGAGCCGCAGUUUGUCAUGCAGAAUAGGCAACACCUAGGAGCUCAGAAACUUGUCAUGCUGAGCCAGUAUUCGUAGCCUCAUCAUGAGACGCCACCCAGCAUCACAAGUUUCCAGACCCAGACAUUUUUACUUUUGAUAUGGCAAGACGUUGUGCAAAACCAAAGUCUUUCUCGAGCACGAGGAGAAAUUUUAUGCGGAACAAGUAGGGGUCCUCGAGAAGGAUCAUGAUAUACAGGACGCCGCUGAGGACAAGGACGAAGCAGCGGGUUAUUCAUCCGAUCCUAUGGGAACAUCUACCGGACCAAGAAGCCCCCCUCCUUCGAAUGCGAAAAACAAUACAAAAUUACAGUCGGUGUCGGACCAACCAAAAGACAUCCCCAUGUGGCUGAGCAUGCGAGCAUGUGCGGCGGAAACAAGGACGGCGACACACUUAUUGCAGUUGAAGAACCGAAACGACUCCGUGCCAAGUUCCCCGGCAAAGAAAGUAGUAGAUGUUGACCACGAGCAGCAGAUAUCAAGCGCACUAUCGGCAGAUCAGCAGCUGCAGGAGCGCCGCGAACAAGGUGUGGCUGCAUCCCUAUCGUCGCCAAGCAAGCAAGAAAACCAAUUCUCGCCGUCCAUGCUCACCAGGGCGGUACAAGGACCGACUGUUGGAGUAGAUGGCGCGCCAGCUGCCCUGAGUUCGGCCGCUGGUAGUUCUAUGGACGAAAAGGACGCAGCAGGAAGAGCUGCGCGACCAGCUGCGCCAGCAAUUGUUGACAACUUAGACAGGCAAGCGCAAGAAACAACGUCGUCAAAUCUUCAAGACGAGAGCUAUGCGGAUAAGAAUAUGCAAGCCGUCGUGAAGGAACUGCAGAAGCUGCGGCAUUCUCUCGACCUAGAACGAACCGGGAACGCGCUCUGGCUCGAGGAAAGACAGCGAUUGUUAGCGGAGAAGGCAGUACUUGAGGAAAAGCUGCAGGAGCGAAUGGUCGUGGAAGGUCAUUACGAUCGGGAGGUGAAACAAGGAAAGCCUCGUUCGUUAUCGUUGUCGUCACCACGCUCGCCGUCGCUCCCGCCAAGCAAGCAAGCUGCAGUUGCCGCGGAAAUAAAUGACGCGGGCGCAGUAAAUAAAAUGGUUCUACUGCACGACCGCCAAAGCGAGGACUCCUACGAAGCUGCUUUAAAAGAGAAGGAGACAAAAGUGAAUACUUUGAUUGCUGCGAAUGAAGAGCUGGAAUUGAAGCUCGAGCGCUGGCAGAAGGAUGAGGAAAGCUACGUCGCAAAAAUCACAAAGCUGCAGGACGAGGUAGCUAGUUUGAAGGAGCAGUUAUCUACUUCAAGAACUUCUACCCAAGGGUUCUUGUCCGGGGCUACAAGCGGCACAAGCCCCGGCUUAUUUCCUGUAGCUGCAUCAUCUCCUGCCGGUGGUCAACAUGUCCAACAACCUGAGCUGCAGGUAAGAAAUAACCGAACGUCUCCCAGUGUGGAAGAGCAGAUUUUAGUUGGCACGAACUACUUUGCGGAGCCAACUUUCCCGAGUAAGGACCAAGAGGCGGAAAAGCAAGAAAUGACAAUGAUGUCUUCUUUAUCCCGGCAGGGCUCGAAACAGAUGAACGCAAGUAGAAGUAACUCUUCCUCUGGGUCGUUUGGAGAACACCUGUUCAGUACUGCUCCGGCACAAAAAUCUUCUAGCCUAGCUGAGGGGGGAAAGCAAAAUUCGUUGCGAGAACUAGAGGUGGACUCUUUGGAUAAUUUGAAAAAUAAGCCGUUUGAGAAGAACGCCACCGCAGCGGGAGCCAGUAGGUCUUCCUCUCCUACCACCGGUGCUGCUGGGGGGAGACUACUUUCCUCAGGGAAUCAUACGCCUACAGGUCGUGGUAGUACACCUUCAGGACGAGAACAACAAGCUUCUUUUUCAGUGGGUGGUUUUUACGAAGAUGCAGAGCACGAGCAACAAGCGCACCGGGCAGCGUCAUCCUCGACCUCGAUGAACAUGAACACCGAGGAAAAUUUUCUAGCGUUGCACCGCGAACUAGAGCAAGCGAACUCUGCGAAUCAAGACUUGAUCAUGCUGCUCUCCCGGGCGGAAAAGAAGGAUCUCGUGCGGCAGAAAACCAUUGCGAAGUUGACAGAGGUGAAAAACCAAUUUGCGUAUCAACUGGAGUUACACCGACAAAGACACACGACGAGUGGCGCGGCCGCGACAUCUUCGAGUGCUGGGUCAGCAGUGGCCCACCAGAUCUCUGGCACUUCUUCCGCUGGCGAUAAUUACAGUGUGACUCAGUCCAAUUUGCCUACACCUGUGUGGAUGAUGAACAGCGCAAACAAACACAAGGUCCUCCCUUGGGCCGCCGCGGAAUUUUUACACACAGACGCGGGCUCGCAGACCACGCCGAUGCUGGAUCACACGACAAGUGUAGUGGGGUCGGUGGGAGUUGGUGGGAGGCAACAUGAUCAGAAUGUGGACACGACUGCUACACAGAUUACUGCUUCCGGAAUGAACAAUUACAAGCAGAAGCAAGACCAGGGCGAAGGAACUACAUCAAGCGCAGCUGAUAUGUUAGUCGACAGAGAAAUCGACGAAAAGAUUAAAUUCGCGGCGGAACAGGUCGUCACGAGUCAUCUGGGUGACGGGGACGGGGUUCUUGAAGACGACGAUAGGCCGUUGAUUAAUCCCUGGGAAGAGAUGACGCAGCAGCUCUUGAACCGCGAGAACAAGAACGAAAAGAAGGGGCCCUUGGCGGUCUUAGCGGACACGGUGGAAAAGUUGCGGGAUGAAAAUCAGAUUUUGAAGGCAAAAUUGGAGCGGAUCCUUGCACGAAGCAGAGGGCAAGAACAGAAGGGAAAGAGAGCUAUUGUUGCUGGUCAAGAUGAACGUGAUGUCUCUUCGACCGCACAACUUGGCGCAAGGGAACUGCAAGUCGGACCCACGGUAGCGCAGCACAAGAUGACGACAACAAGCCCGACUAGUGUAGCAGAAAGUUCUUGCCAAGAAAGAAAGCAGGUGCAAGACCGAGAUUUCAAAGACCAGAAGCUUCUCAAUGACACCUCUGUUAUUUCCGAGCAGUCUUGGAUCACGCGGAGCUCUCAGCAGAACAACAUCGUCUUAUUAUCGUAAUUAAAAACGUCCCCACCCCAGAGUUGUAAUGCAAAUCUGCAUGCCCAUGCUCAGAAUGUUUCUCAUGCGGAGCCCCAUGAGAAGCAUUCUCUAGUCGUGUUUUGCAAUUUGUCAUGCUGCAAUCUGCAUGAUGUGCUAGAUCUGUGAUGCUGCUGAGCUAGCUCAAACAGCACUGCGCUACGAGCCCAAAUUUGUCAUGCAAAACAGCCAAAAAUUGUGGAUUUGUCUAGCCGAUUCCCCAUCUUGACUGUGGGAUGGGGGCGUUUUUACAUAGGAUACGUAUCGCCGCUCAAGUCGCAGAUAUCGCUGAACAACUCCGAUGUUUCUUCUGGGCGGGAGCAGAGCGUGCCAGAACCACUGAAUGUGGAGCAGGUAGUUGUACUUCUGCUUGUUAUCGUCGUCGUGUGGGAUCUUUGUUGUCAACAUCCAUGGGUACUCUACUUGAAGAUUUCGAUCUUUUUUGUCUUUGGAACAGAUUAAGAUUUAUUGGCCAUAUUAUUCACAGCUGUGGUUGACAAUUGGUGGCCCUCUUUCAAACAACUUUUCCAAAACAAUUGGAACCAACAGGAGCUUCUCGACCACAAGCGGGUUUCAUUCAAAUCGCCUUCUGGCCUCGUGACCUACCAAUCCCCCGAGGAUCAUUUACAUCGGCAAGAUCUGCUCACCGGGCUAAACACGAGACUGCAGUUUUCCCCCAGCGAGUUUCAGAGAGACCACAAGGAUCUUGCUUUUACGUCGACCUCUAGUACUUCGAUAGGAGCUUCUGCUCCUUCCGGUGCGUAUGCGUAUGGGGAUUUGAUGAUGACUCAGAGGCCAGCAGAAGCGGGCUCUUUGCAGCAGCAGCAGCAGCAACAGGAGCGCUUGGAGCAGGUGAUCUUCGGCAACACAGAAAUAAAUACCGGAGUGUUCUUGAAUUCUUCUUCAAUCCCGCCCGCUGCAGCCACUACUUCUGACGCAGGUAGUGAAAAAAAACUGAAGAAGCUCGUGGAGCAGCAAUCUUUGCAAAUUCAGCAAUAUGCACUGCAAAAGUAUCGUACUAGUAUAAAUUGCAUUACAAAUUUUCCCAAGAACAAAAAUGCAAUUUGUCAUGCUAUUUCAGGUAGAAAGUUGGAUUUGUCAUGCAUAUCUGCAAUUAGUACGAAUACGAUACUUUUGCACAGGAUAAGCAGUUAAACGAAAUCCGGGAACAGGAAGUGGAAGCGAAAAGCCAGGAAUUGCAGGUUGCGCUGGAAUAUCCUGUGCAAAAGUAUCGUACUCGUACGAAUCGCAUUUAUGCAAUACAAAUUCCUUUUUCAAGCUAAAUCAGCAUGACAAAUUCCAUUUGUCAUGCUGAGCUAAUUUGUAUUGCAAUAGCAAUACUACGUACGAGUACGAUACUUUUGCAGUGCAUAUGGAAGAGCUACAGGUCAGGAACGAGGAAAUCGAAAAACUGGAAGCCGCGUUAGUGGCAGCGAGCGAGGAGCUGGAGGCUGUGAAGAAGGAACUGGAAGAAAGAAGGCAAUUAUAUCCUCUGCAAAAGUACUGAAAAAUAUCGAAGUCGUACAACUAGCGGUUGCGGUUGCACUUGAUUCAGAAUUAGCAUUUGCGAACCUCGCGUCUACUUAACAGUUAAGUAGACGCGAGGUUUGCAAAUGCUAAUUUUAUGAGCAAGGGAGUCAAACGCCGAAGGGAGUCAAGGGAGCCAAGGGAGUAAGAUAAAACUUCCUUCGAAUCGCCCUCCCUUAAAUUACUGGCAAAAUGCAUGCCGUGGUCGUAUUUUUCCGUCGCCAGUUUACAUCCUGCCCCCCCCCUCCGCUGUGCCCCCAUGUUUGGCGAGCUUUCAACUUUCCUCCAUGGAGGAAAUUUGAAGUGGCCACCUCCGCGACCUUCUUCUGUUCUUCGUACGUUUUUGCGAGCGUUGCUGCAAAUGCAGAAAUGAAGGACAAAAGCUGUUGAGGUUGCCACUUCAGCAAAUUGCUGAAGCAGCCACCUCAGUUUUCCGCCAUCGGAGCAAAGUUAAUAAAGUGGCCACUUCAAAAACUUCGUAUCUCUUUCGCCUGCGUGACUGGUUGCCAACAUUUGUGGGAAGUUGCCACGCCGCGCAGCAUAUAUUUAAAAGGGGAGAGAUUCUUUGUUCUGCAUGAGCAAACAGAGAAUCACUCUGCCACGCUCUAUGAAGAGAGGACGGGGUAAGUGACUGCGCGCGCUGGCGCGCGCGCCAUUUUUUUUUGUUUCUACGCCUUGAAACAGCGUGGAGCGUUGUGCAUCGCUUUACGAAUUGACUGCGAGCGCUUUUUAAACUUACUCCCUUGACUCCCUUGGAAAUUGGCGCUGUACUCCCUUGGCUGGCGCCAGACACUAAUAAACCUAUAAUAACUUGACCAACAUACACGGUCGUUACCAAUUGCACUGUCCAAGAACUCGCCGAUUGAAUUUGUGAUGCUAUUUGUACUACAUAGACGUACGAAAACGAAUACGAUGCUUUUGUAGUGGAUAGACAGCCUGUUACUCAACAUCAUCAACUGUCACCGAAAUCCACCAGUCCACCAAACAAACCCGACCAACUCCUGAGCAGCAUCACUUCCCAACCCCGAGCAGCCGCAACUACUGCCCGAGAAGAGCAGAUCGCGCAAGAUUUGCAGAUACAGGCGAAAGCGGAAAUCUUGGCUCAGGAGCGAGCCGAGGUGCUGGCGACUGAAAAAGCGGAGCUGUUGGCAGCAGCGCGGGUGGUACGAAGGUGCACAACUACUGGAGUGCCUCCUGUUCCCCUCAUUACAUUUGUCAUUACAGGCAAAGUCGUGCCAAAAAAUCCUAUCUGAGUCUUACGGCUGGUGCUUUUGCGUGACAAGUAAGUUAGUAGUUCAGCAGGCCCAGAGAACUGCAUUACGGUCGUCCGGGCCUGGAAAAUUUGUCAGCAUAGUGUGAUGCUAGAACAAAUGCCCUUCAAAUGUAAUGUUGAGCUACUUGAGACAGAGGAGAGGGGCAGUUGCAGUUCGUUGUGUACUUUCAUACAUAGAGGAGAUCGAGAACGAAUAUUUGCAGGCGAUGGAGGAGACGCGGGAGCAAAUUUGGGAAGAAGUGCAGCAGGAAACCUUUACCUUCCUCGCGGCGCACAACGUUGGAGAAGAGGUUUUGGAACUCGUGCAGUUGAUGGGCCGCGCUAGCUCGGCCAUGCGGGAUCUGGACAAGUCGUUCACCAUUGUGAACGACGGUGCUCUGCUUGUUCACGACGAGCAUGGUGAACGAGUAGAUCUUGAAGGCGAAAGACCAAGCGCGGAUGCCGCCGGCCGAAGAUAUAGUAAAAAUUCCGAGGAUAAAAAUGAUCUCCGUGAAGAAGAAGCUAACGAGUUCGAAAAGUUGGAAAAGCGACUGGAAGAAAUCAGACAAAAGAUCACGGAAAGCACGAACGAAUACCUCGGUGGGGAGAAUGUGUUCGCGAAAAAUGAGACUGAUACAAGUACUAGUUCAACUACUCAGACGAGAAGAACCUCGGCGGCGCCGCAGGAUGAACAUAAGAACCUGCUCCGUGGUCCGCAAAACAAAUCAUCAGGCGGGAGUAUUAGCCCUAGCUCAGGACAAGUUCGUCCAGGGGCGGCCACGAUAUCAGCUGGAGGCCCUCGAAUGCCGCCGCAACAAACAGGCUUUCACAGUUUCUACCCGGAGCCCAGCGUCUUUUCGUCUUCUUCUGGCGGACCAGGCGCUGGCAUUGCGAGGCAGCAAGGGGAACACGGUCAAAUUCGAUUCGGGGAAGACGAACACAGAGGUGCUUCAGCUCACCCUGCAUUCCCGGCGAAUUAUGGCAAUACAAAUUCCGCUUCUGGGAGCUCCCCGUCGUUUCUGGACGUGGUGAAAACUUCUACCGCUGCACAGGAAGAGGGCGGUGCUGGGUCUACUACACGACAACUAGUACCGAAAAGUCAUGGCCAUGGGGUUGGGCAGUCGUAUGCUGCUCCUGCUACUUCUCCUGAGCAGCAUUAUCAGAGGCAAACAGACACCACAGGAAUCCCACCGCACCAAACAGCUUUUCAGCCUGACAGAGCGAAAAACCCGUUCCCCUCGUGUCCGUCUCCCGGUAUGGUAGGAGCUACGAAUGGCGCAAGAGCAACUUCCUCCUCCUCUCCCCCCUCGCAGUACCCGCCGCAAAGUUCUUCGGAUCUCACAUCGUCCUCAUCUUCUUCUUCCUCAAGCGCGCCACAGGAACCGCCUCCCCCGCCGGAAGUCGUGCCACCUGCGCCUUCUACCUCCUUCCGCCCCCCAAGCAGAACUACGAGUAGAUUCGCGCACGUGCCCGAAGUUGAGAUAGAAUCCCGGUCGCAAUCGGCGCUGGAAGGUGCUGUAGCUGUGGGGGGUAGUGCUACAUAUGCUGAUGUGCUGCGCGACGAAAACAUAAACAACACCUUCGAAAGACUCAGACAGCCAGUGUCCACGACAUCAAGAGGCGAGCAGGUGUUGCCGACACCUGGAGCGCAGCAGCAGGUCGGAGACCCAGGUGCACCAUUCGCCGCCCGCAGCGGGGGUCAGCAGCAGACCAACUUCUACGGAGGUGGCUCCGUGUACAACAUCAGUCAGAGUGCAACAGCCACACCAGCCGGGGCGCCGGGUGCUAGCUCGAGGUUUGAUUUUGCUCAGAUGAUGACUACGGGACGAGGAGGAAUACCAGGCGGAUUUGCUAAUGGAAGGGCCGCAACAAGCGGAGCUGCAGCUCCUGCAGCAGCCGCUUCGACUUCUUUCAAGAACAUUGAUCCUGUGCAGUACCCAGCAACGCAAAUAAAACCGACUGGUGGUACUGAAAACAGGAACAACGUAGUUUCUUACCCGCUUCACCAGCACCGUGGAACAACUCCCACAACCGGUAGCAGUAGACAGACGCCUUCGGGUAUCGCAAGAAAAAACUGUUUCACUGUGAACUUGUGAUGCAAAAACUGGAACGCAGAACUAUUUGUCUUGCUAGACCUGCAAGACAUUGGAUUUUCAAGCGUGUUUUCCCUUGGGAAACGCGCAUGGCAGAUUUUCUGUGUCAUGUUAGCAAACUUGUGAUGCAGAUGUUGCAAAAUCAUCACAGUGAAACAGUUUUUUCGUGGGAUAUCGGGGACGUCAACCGGUGGAAGGACACUGCUCCACCACCAGCAGCAGCUGAACCAGGUAUUGGGUGUUGGAACAGGAACUACAAAUGCCAACAACAUGGAACUGCACCUUCGUCAGGGCGGAAACAACGCUAGUGGUUCUUCAUUUGUUCCGCACUGUAACAACUAUCCACAGGACCACCUGCCGCCAGGCGGAGUUGGAGUUGCUACUGCUGCUGCGCCAGCACCGCUGCAGGUAGUUGUUCAACAACAGCUGCAGCAGCCCCAGCCGCAGAUGAUCCAGGCAAAUUUUGGACAGCAGCCGCAUCUGCAGGCCAACCUCGGCGCUUUUUACGCACAGCACCAGAUGCAAAUCAACAUCCCCACGUCGACGCCCGGAAGCACGCCGCAGCUCGUGCCGACCCCCAGUGCGACGCCAAACAGUACCAGCUCCGCAAGGGCCAGGCCGGGGAUAUUGAGGAACACCUCGAGCACGCCGCCCUUGAAUGUAGUGAAUCACUACAAUCAACAACAGCAUGGUGGAAGUGGUGUUGGUGGUGCUAAUAUUGCGGAAAGUAGCAGCAGAGUAGGAGGCAAUGCAGCACCCUUGUACAACACCAACGCAGGAACCGCAGGUGGACGGUCCUCGGGUUAUGGAGCUGCUCCUGGCUCUAUGACAGGUUCGGCCUCGCACCAACCAAGCAGUGCCAGCACGCCGACAAAUAAUUUUCACCAGAUGCAGAAACGAUUUCCGGACUCGCUCAAAGCGAAAGCUCUCGGCAUGAACCAACAACAUGCGGGUAUUAAUAUGGCCGGAAUAAAUGUGACCACGAACAACAAUACAGGAAUGAUGAGUACUAGCGGUGG